CUGUCUUUUCCUCAUUGCCGUUUUUGACGCGUUUCUUUCCCCUUGGAUGCCCAGCUUGCCAUCGAGCUCCCAACAACGGGCUCCACGACGACAAGUUCGGCGCCUGCGGCCAUGAUCGUAACUCCGUACUCAUCUUCGCGCCGGCUCCGGCUUUUUGGUGGCAUCAUCGUCCUUGCGCUGCUUGCGACGUACGUCCACAUCCGCCCGUCAUGGAGUCAAAGACCCUUCCGAUACGCCCUCGGCUACUACGACACCGUCUCGAGCUACUUCCACUUCCCCAUCAUCAACAACACUUUGUACCAGCAGGGGAACGAGGGACUGGUGUCCCAGUACCACAACUUUAGCGAGCCAUGCACCGGUUUUCCCGAUACCGACGGCAUCCUGCUCGUCAUGAAGACAGGAGCAACUGAAGCCUUCGAAAGACUGCCUACCCAGCUGCUCACGACGCUGCAAUGCCUGCCCGACUUCCUUCUCUUCUCCGACAUGGAGCAACAAAUAGGCAAACACCAUAUAUACGACGUGCUCGCAGACGUGGAAGAGACGGCCAAAGCGCAUAACGAAGACUUUGACCUGUACCGAGAACAGAAAGAAUGCCCCGUCUCCCAAAAGUCAUGUGUCGACGCUCGAUCCGAAGGCCACAAGGCCUGGAACCUUGAUAAAUACAAGUUCCUCCCCAUGAUGGAGAAGACGUGGCGGAUGCGCCCGGGGCGCGAUUGGUAUAUUUUCGCUGAGGCCGACACGUACGUCUUCUUCGCCAACAUGGUGCAGUGGUUGCGUGAGCAGCGCCACUUUAGUCCCAAAGAGAAAAUAUACCUGGGCAGUCGGAGUUUUAUAGGGGGCACUCCAUUUGGCCACGGGGGAUCGGGUUACGUCAUGAGCGGCGCGCUACUAUGCCAUCUGAUCGAAGACCACCCAGGCAUCAUAAAGCAGUAUAACGUGAAGGGCGCGAAUGAAUGCUGCGGCGACUUGAUGCUCGCUAUGGCCAUUGAAGAGUACGAGGGCAUCAAGAUAAACCAGGCGUGGCCUAUGUUCAAUGGCGAAAAGCCGAGUACGCUGCCGUUCGGGCCUGGUCACUGGUGCGAGCCGAUCUUGACUAUGCAUCAUAUGAAUGCCGAAGAGAUCAGCAGCGUCUGGCAAUUUGAGCAAACCCGGAAAACCGAUUGGAUGCGACUUCCUCAAUGGAUCCUGCAGGAUGUCAUCCCUUAUUUGCAUGCGAGACGUACCUUGCUUAUUAAAGACCUCUACCAUGGCCUUGUCGCUCCCAAGAUGCAUGUUUCACGUGAAGAUUGGGACAACCUGUCGGAUGACGUCUGCUACAUCAACCCAAACCCUGAGGUACAGCAACGUGCCGACGGCCACCUCCGAGACCGCCAGAAGAAGCCCGAGGAUAUGAACGAAGUCGAGAAAAAUGCGUGGCGGUCGCCUGCGCAUUGCUCGAAAGUAUGCCAGAAUGAAGAUGUCCCGGACGAGGACGAGUAUGAGCGCCUCCAGCAUGUAGUGCCACGGAAGGAUGACCUCCAGGACUCGGCUAGCGCGGAUGACACGGAGAAGGCCGAAGACACAGGUCCAAGUGACGAGGCGGCGCGCGAUGCUUGGCAUAAGAACAUGCGAGAACGCAAGAGAAACCGGACAUGCUUCCAGUACCGAUGGCACGAUGAACAGUGCUGCACCGCAAGAAGCUUCAAACUCGGCGCACCUAAGACGCGACCUACUGAUGGAAACACCAGCGCUAAAUGGGCCAGCGGGUGGGAUCUUAAGGGCAUAAAAGACUGGAUUGACGCAACGGGCGAAUGCACAGAACCAGCGUGGAAGAAGGACUUCAGUUGAGUCCCCGUGCAUUUACAGCGAGCGGUUAGAUCGUGAGACCUAGACACUGGAAAGAAACACAAGGUAUGGCGUCGAAGCGGUAGGAUGGACGUGGAAAACGUCGGGUAUGACAAACCAGCUAACAGGUUGAUUUCGGCAUUCAGCUGUGUGUAUUCUAAUCUGUGGGCAUUAUAAUGACGGAACAUAGCAUGGCGUUUCGGUGUCAGAUAGUUUAGGCGUCACUACCACUUAAACGCGAUGUAAAGAGCUGAAAAAUAAAAUACUACUUCUUCCGCAGACCAUAACUCACCAUUCAACG